AUGUGGAAGAAGGUGCUCCGGUCAGACGAGACCAAAGGGACGCUGGUCAAAGAUGAUGGGAAGAUGGAUGGAGCUAAAUACAUGGCAAUUCUGGAAGAAAACCUGUUGGAGGUACAACAUGCCCAGGACCCACUACAGUUUGCCUACAAGGCUGAUGUCAGAGUGGAGGAUGCCAUUCUGUCCCUCCUACAUAGAGCCCACUCACACCUGGACAAGGGAAAAGGCACGGAAAAACUAAACAGGGUGCAGGUGGACCCCUGCCGGGUCGCUUGGAUCUCCAACUACCUCACCGACAGACCACAGUACGUCAGGCUGAAGGACAACACGUCUGACAUACUGUGGUCAGCAGCACAGGAGCACCACAGGGCUGUCCCCUCUCCCCUCUGUAACGGGAACCACUCACUGUCGGAUCUGUGCAAUGAUGAGAGCAGGUGCGUGGGCCGGGAGGGAGCCAACAAUGAGCUCUGCCACAGCAGGAGGAAGAGAGAGAGGGAGAACCAAAACAAAAACAUGUUCCCUAACACGGAGUCAGCCGGUGAGACAGCUGAUGGAUGGACAGUGAAGAGGACCAGAGGAGGACUCACUGACGUCUGUGGAGCAGCUCCAGGCUUUGGGGGGCUUCUUGGUUCCUACUGUGUUGUGGAUCUUUCUGCUCCCAAUGAAACCUUCUGGUGUGAGGACUCCUCUGGACAGCAGAGUGACAGAGUCUCCUUCAUUGUCCAAUCAGAGACUACAGAUAAAGGUGUCAUCCUGGAGAUCCCUGCACUUCCUGUGAGGACAGGAAGUGAUGUCAUUCUGCACUGCAGACAGAGGAAUGGUGACACAGUCGAAGCUUAUUUCUUCAUCAAAGGAAGUUCUGUUGGUCCUAAAUCAGAGUACAUCAUCACUAACAUCACGCAGGCUGAUGAAGGUUUCUACUGGUGUUCUACUAAUCAGGGUGGAACGUCUCCUCAGAGCUCUCUGAGGGUCAGAGAUCCUCAUACAAUCAUCCAUCCUCCUCCUCACUGUCCUCCUCCAAGCACCUCCACAAACUUUGCUCCUCCUGUAAAAACUGCUCUUACGUGUUCUCCCUGUUCUCCUCCUCCUCCUCCUUCUCCUCCUCCUCCUUCCUCUCUCCUGGUCCCAGUUGUAGUAGGUCUGGUCUCUGGGCUUCUCCUGGUUCUAGUUCUGGGUUUGAUUCUGUUCCUCUGCUGGAAACUUAAAGGAAAUAAAAACCCGUCUCCUUCUCCUGUGGAUGUGACCUAUGCUGAUGUCACGAUCAAACAGAGAGCCAACAGGAGAGACAAACAUCCUGCUGAUCCACGAGCCGUCUACUCUGAUGUGAGGACUCAAACUUCAGGUCCUGAGGACGUCGCUUAUGGUCAGGUGGUCAUCAAAAGCAAGAAAAAAGGUGGCAAGAGGAAAGGUAACCAUAGUAACCACCAUAACGACAAAGCAUGGCACUCACCAUAA